AACUAGGGUUUCAAUACACAUCUCUGCUAAAUCAAUUCCAUUUCACACAGUCCAUUCUCCUCUCACAACUCACACCUCCUAUCGCCGCCCGCCGCCUCUAGAGCUGUAGAGAGAAAUGGCCAAGUCGAAGAAUCACACCGCCCACAACCAGUCGCACAAGGCCCACAGGAACGGCAUCAAGAAGCCCAAGCGCCAUCGCAACAUCUCCACCAAAGGGAUGGACCCGAAAUUCCUGAGGAACCAGAGGUAUGCGAGGAAGCACAACAACAAAACCGCUGAGGUCUCCAGCGCCGAAGAGUAGAUUUUGAACUUAAUCUAUUUUAUCCACCCUUUUAUCUUUUGAAUAUUAGCAAGACUUUCAUUAUGUAUUUUCAAAACAUCAAUUUCGUAAUGUUUUAGUUAAUUCCGUGUUUUUUUUUGAUGAUAUUCACUGGCUUUGGUAUCUGAUUACAGUAUUAUUUGAC